UCUAAGUUCUAUCUGAACAUAAACUCCUACUGUUUUUCUUCAUCUUGAACGCAAAUAACGAUGAAAUAUGAUACUCUGUUUCACACCAUCUUAUUGGUUCUUUCCAUUUUCAAAUCCUCCAUCGCCCUCGACUCCAUAGCUCCGAACCAAACACUCUCAGACGACGACGACACAACUCUCGUCUCUCCCAAUGGAAUCUUCGAGCUCGGAUUCUUCAGCCCACGGAACUCCACCGAACGAUACGUCGGAAUUUGGUUCAAGAAAGUCUCUCUUCAAACCGUGGUCUGGGUCGCCAACAAGAACCGCCCCAUCGCCGCCACACUCUCCCUCACUUCCUCCGGAAACAUCGUCGUCUCCGCCAACAACUCAUCUAUUUGGUCCGCAAAUUCCACGUCCAGAAACCCGGUUUUACGGCUUCUGGACAAUGGAAACCUCGUACUCAGCAACAACAAUUAUUCGUGGCAGAGCUUCCACGAGCCUUCGAACACCCUGAUUCCCGGGAUGAGGCCUGGGUGGGAUCUGAGAAGCGAUCGAGAAUUGUUUCUGACAUCGUGGAAAAGCGCAGAGGAUCCUUCUCCGGGAGAACACACGUACCGGAUGGAUCCGAAGGGGCUGCCUUCGAUCAUUCUCCGGAGAGGCUCGGAUGUCGUGUACAGGAGCGGACCUUGGGAUGGAGUUCGCUUCGGUGGCGCCGCCGAAGCUCUUCAUGGAAAUACUGUUUUCACCCCGAGUUUCGUGUACAAUUCUACCUAUGUAUAG